UUUCAGGCUAUCUGCUAGUUCUGUAACUUCUAAUUAUAAUAGUACUCUGCCUAGUUUUAUAACUUAUGAGGUAUCUAUUUCUGCAAAUUCUGAGUUGUCUGGUUCUAUGAAUAAGUUAUCUG